GGGUCGAGGCUCCGGUUUUUCCGUCGGCAUUCCCGGCGCGGCCUCGGCAGCUCCGGUGGGAUCCGUCCCGAGGGAUCGAUCCCAGCGGGAUCACCCGUGGUGGGAUUGAGGCGGGAUUGAUCCCUCCCACCCCUCCCUUCCCCCUCCCGAGGCUUUGCCCUUUCCCUCGGCGUUCCGAAGGGAUUUACCCCGGGAUUAAGGCGCCGGAAUUCUUUCCCUUCGCCCGCCGGACUUUGCCCGGUGAAGUGGCCGCGAUUCCGAAGGGUGGUGGUGGGGUGGGGAAGGGGGGAAAAAGCCGGUUUGGGAAUCUCACGGGGGCGGAAUCCGCCCCGUUCCUGCCCCGGCCCUGCCCAGAGGGCGAUGCCAGCGCGGGGGCGGCGGCUCCUCUCCCGGUUUUUCCGCACCCGUCCGGAAUCCUCCGGCACGGCCGGGACGUGCCGGGAUCUCCCUUUAUCCGGCCUGGGAUCCCGGCGAUCCCUUCCCGGAUCCCGGCCGUGCCGAGCUCAUCCCGCCGCGGCCGUCGCGGCGUUAUCCCGGAGAUCCCGCCGGCCCAGGACAUUCCCAGCCGGCUCCUCGCCUCCCCGGUGAUCCCGGAGCCGCCGGAUGACCGGGAGACGCUUCCAGAGGGCGGGAAGGCAGAAGAAGCUCAGCGGGAUAACCCAGUGGAAUUCUUUGGGAUCGAGCUGACGGGAUUUUUCCCGGCGUCGCCGCCUCCGUGCCUUCGGAUCCUCCAUCGCCAUCCCGUGCCUUCGGAUGCCCCUCCAGCCUUAACGAGCAUCCUCCACCCUCAUCCCGGCGGGAAUUCCGGCCUCCCCCAGCACCCCCAGCACCCGGGGAAGGGGGAGAUGCUUCCCAAACUCCCGCCCCUGUCUCCGGAACGCUCGGUGACCCCGCGGGGGAACCUCGGGAAACAGGGAUAGGCCUCCACCGGGAUUUGGGGGGGUGGGGGUGUGAUGCUGCUGGCGGAGCCACGUCUCCCACGGCUCCUUCCCGGCGGGAUCGGCGGCGCUCUCCCCGGGAUUUGGGCAUGGCGGAGCACGCGGAGCUGCUGGCGGAGAUGCCGGCGGUGUCCCGGCUCAGCACCCCGGAGCGGCUCCAGCACGCCCAGAAACGGCGGCAGCAGCAGCUCAAAAAGUGGGCGCAGGCGGAAAAGGAGGCGCCGGGAGCGAAGGCGGGAGCCGAGAGGAGGAGGGGAGGGAGGAGGAGGAAGAGCAGCAGCGGCAGCGGCGGCGGCGGCUCGGCAAGCCCCGGGAAGAGGGUGACAUUCCCGGCCAGCGUCCGGCUCCUGGAAGCGGCCGCCCGGCACGACGCCG